GAAAUGUGUAGACGAGACCAAUUAAUAGAAAAUGGAGAGGAAAGAGGAAAGUAACCCAUUCGAUACAGUUGGUGUUUUUUCUCGUAUAUUUUUCUGUUGGAUUUUCCCACUAAUAAACGAAGGAAGAAAGCGAGUUUUAAAGGAAGAAGAUUUAUACAAAUGUUCAAAAUAUCAUACUUCAGAGUAUCUCGGCGAUCUGCUUCAGAAAGAAUGGAACCAGGAAUUGCAGAAGAAGAAUUCGAGCAUACUGAAAGCUUUAUUACGUUUUAUUGGUUGGAAAUACUUAAUAAUUAUUCUACUUGUACUCAUUCAGAUGACAGCGUUAAUUGCGGGCCAAGCAUACUUCGUAGGAUUAAUAAUAAAUUAUUUUGAGAACAGAGAGGAAUGGAAUCAAUACAAGUUCUAUGCUACAGUUGCGGGAUUUUUUAUCCUACUUGCGAUUUAUUUCUGUACAUAUAACAUUAGUGUGUUUAUAACUGAAUUAUAUGCAAUGAAGUUAAGGAUAGCUUUCUGCACUAUUAUAUAUAGAAAGGCAAUUAGGUUAAGUCCUUCGUCUCUGGAAAGAUCGAAUGUGGGACAAAUGGUAAAUCUUCUAGCAAACGACGUCGGCAAAUUCCAAAAUAAAGUUAUCUGCCUUCCAGUUUUAUUUACAUCGCCUUUCUUCAUUAUUACUUCGAUAGUCAUGUUGUGGAAAUAUUAUGGAUGGACUAUUCUAAUUGGAUUCUUGGUCAUAUUUCUCUAUUUUCCUAUACAAAUUGCUUUGAGUAAACUAUAUUCAAAAUUGAGAUUACAAGCAGCUGUAUUGGGAGACGAAAGAUUGAAUCUGUUGAACGAGAUGAUUGCUGAUAUGAGGUUGAUCAAGAUGUACACCUGGGAAAUGCCAUAUGCCGCAUUAAUAGAAAAAAUCAGAAUGAAAGAAAUGAAAAAAAUUCGAAUGUUUUUAUACGCAAGCGGAAUAUCUUAUAUAUUGGCGUAUCCUAUAUCGAAAUUAUUCAUUCUUCUCACAUAUCUCGCAUUCUUUUUAAAUGGAGGACGGUUAAAUGCCGAAAUUAUAUUCGUCACAAUGACAUUUUCAAUGUAUAUCUACAGCAACAUUGUUACUCUGUUUUCUCAAGCAGUAGGUUUUGUUGCAGAAAUUUUGGUUUCGUUAAAAAGGAUAGAGGAUUUUCUCCUCCUUCAAGAAAGAGAGGACAACGCUAUCAAAACCAUAGGAGAGAGAGAAAAUUUAACCGAAUGUAAAAUACGGAUGGAUAGUGUCAUAGCUGCUUGGAAAAAAGAAUUCGAACCAACAUUAAAUGGGAUAUCACUAAACAUGCAACCUAGAGAAUUAUUAAUUGUUAUAGGUCCUGUUGGAUCAGGGAAGACGUCUUUACUAAUGUCAUUGUUAAAAGAGAUUCCAAUUACUUCUGGUGAAGUAUCUGUAAAAGGAAAGAUUGCUUACGCUUCUCAAGAAGCUUGGGUGUUCAACGCAACUAUCAGAGAAAAUAUCUUGUUUGGAGAAGAAUAUCAAGAAGACAAAUAUAGAAAAAUCUUGCAUAUAACGGCACUAGAAAAGGAUAUUAGCUUAUUUCCUAAAAGAGAUCUGACUAUUGUAGGAGAAAGAGGAGUUAUAAUGAGCGGUGGGCAGAAGGCAAGAAUUAAUCUAGCGAGAGCGCUAUAUGUGGAUGCCGAUAUUUUCCUCCUGGAUGAUCCACUGAGUGCUGUUGAUGUUCCAGUGGCAAAACAUAUCUUCGAAAAGUAA